AUGGCGACGCCCACGAUAGCGGCAGCUUUGGAGGAAGCUGGCAAGGCCCCGGACGCUGCACAGUACUCGGCCAUCCUCGAAAGCAUCAAGUCGGUCUCCAACCCAGACAAUGUGGCCGCCGACCUAACAGCCUUCAUCGACGCCGUCCUCGCCGGUAACCUCGGCGUGGUCAAUACGCGCACCCUCGUCACCGACUUCAUCGCCGCCCUCCGCGCCCUCGCGAACCACGACCUCUGGAUCCAAGUCGGCCACCACGCGGUGCGGGCCAUCCCCAACGCGACCCUCUCCUCCUCCCUGAUCGAGCAGUCGGCAGCACUGCGCGAGCUCGUGGCAACGGCGCACGAGGCGCACGAGGACUUCGUGGACGCGGCGAAGCUGCUGGCGGCGAUCGACCUGGACAGCUCGCAGCGGCGGGUCGGGGACGCGGAGAAGGCGGCGAUCUGGGUGCGGAUCGUGCGCAACUACCUCGAGGUCGACGACAGCACGACGGCCGAGACGUACCUCAACAAGCUCAAGAACGUCAUGCACGACGUCGCCGACCCGGAGCUGAACCUGCACUUCCGCCUCUCGGCGGCGCGCAUCCAGGACUCCAACCGCCAGUUCCUCCAGGCCGCCAAGAGCUACCACGACAUCAGCUUCUCGCCCGCCAUCGCCGAGGACGAGCGCCUGCACACCCUGGCCAUGGCCAUCAAGUGCGGGAUUCUGGCCCCCGCGGGCCCGCUGCGCAGCCGCGCGCUCGGCCAGCUGUACAAAGAUGACCGGUCGACCGGCCUGGAGGAGCACGGCAUCCUCGAGAAGAUGUUCUUCGACCGGCUGCUGACCACGGCCGAGGUGGACAAGUUCGCGCAGGACCUCGCCCCGCACCAGCUCGCCAAGACGUCGGACGGGUCGACAGUGCUGGCCAAAGCGGUGGUGGAGCACAACUUGUUGAGUGCGAGUCGGCUGUAUAGCAAUAUCGGGUUUGAUGAGCUGGGCUUGUUGCUCGGGCUGGACGGGAAAAGGGCGGAGGAUACUACGGCCAAGAUGAUCCAGCAGGGGCGGUUGGCCGGUUCGAUCGACCAGAUCGACAGGAUUAUAUGGUUUGAGGGCGGGGACGCGUCGGGGGAGAAGGGCAGCGGGCGGGCGGAGGCGCCGGUGGGCAAGGAGAUGCGGCGCUGGGAUGCCAACGUGCAGGCGCUGGCUGAGGAUGUGGAGCGGUUGACGGACGCGCUGCAGGCCGAGUUUCCAGAGUUCGUGGCGGCUCAGAUCGCGGUAUGA